AUGUCAGCCCAACAACCAACCGACCGCCCUCAACCCCCCAAGAGCGAAGGCUGCCGACAAGGCCAAAACCCAGCCUCCAAGCACACCACCCCCGCGCACUCCCAACCCUCCUCCAAGAUCGGAACCCCCCUAAACUCCGCCCCCGGCACUCCCGGCUCCCUUUCAAGCCUUUCAAGCCUUUCAGGCUACCCCGUACCCCCGGGCGGUCCGCUCCGCAUGCCUUCCGAAAACGCCGUCUCCGACACCCCCCUCACCUCCGACCCCUACGGAACUCCCGCAGGCGGCGGAGCCCAAGAUUACAUGUCCUACCGCCGACCGACCAACGCCCAGUCCCAACUCCCGACCGCAGAAGUGCGUAACAACCUCAACGCCGCUCGCUCUGCCGCCGUCGGGGCUAGUGGUGCCGGAGCAUGGGGAUCCUCGCGCGGCAUCAUCGGCGGUUCGGGGCCUGCCAACCCAAGAGAGGCAAGGGAGACGCAGUACGUUUCUGUAUCGCGGAAUAAUAGCAGCACGGGGUUGAACGGAAUGGCUGGUGGACAAAACUAUAACGGACGGGGUGGACACCCGCUGAGGGAGAACAUGCAGAGUGAGGCGAGGACGGAAGGAGAACAGAUGGCUACAUAUGGAGAGGGGGAGGUGGCUGAUGCUGUUGAGGGCCAGGCGAGGAAGAGGAACGAGGGGAGGAAUAGGAGGGAGUCGACGGCGCAGGGGGGGAGGCCGAACUUGAGUUUGGCGCAGAUGGGAGAGGGACAGGAGGAGAGUGAUCACCAUGGGAGGGAUAGGAUCGGGAGUGCGAGCCAUAGAGAGGUUAGUGGGGAGAGGCAUGGAAGGGUGAGGGGAGAGGUCAGUUUGGAGCCUUCAGAGGCUGAUUUGGAGAGAAAGAAGUUGCAGCAGUCUUGGAAGAGGGAGGAAAUUAAGAGGGCUAGAAAGGCAGGAAAGGAUGUCGACGGGACGAGCGGGUUGGGUGGAAGGCAGCCUAGGCCUGAGGUGUAG